AUGACGAAUGAUUUUCUUCCGUACGAUCCUGAACACGAUACCGCUUUAAACAAUUUAUCCACUGUACAGGAUACUGCGCCAUUCGGUUUUAAUGGAAAUCAUUCUUCACCACAAGUUAUUAUUAGUCCCAAUCUUAACUUACAAUUGAUGAACCCAGAUUAUUCAUUACAACCUAUUCAAGCACCUAAUUUAUCCUCGAUUAACUAUUCAACUAAUUCAAGAGUUGUUAUGGCCAAAUUUUCAUUCUUCUAUAAGCCACGCAAUGACUUUCAAAUGUAUCAUAUUAAUUGUGAAGAAAUGCAAUUAUCCUUUGAAACUUUCUCACAGCUAAUAAAUAAUACUGAAAAUAACUCUACUUACAAUAUUUACCGAAAGUAA